CGGGCAUGCCGGGAGCCCCUCGGGCAGUCGCCGCCGCUACCGCGUCCGCCACCGGUGUGCGCCGCUGACGCGCAGAGAUGAAAUUCCCGGGCUCUGUGCUGGCGUCCGUGUUCCUCUUCGUGGCCGAGACGACGACGGCGCUGUACCUGAGCAGCACCUACCGCUCGGCCGGGGACGGCAUGUGGCAGGCGCUGACGCUGCUUUUCUCGCUGCUGCCCUGCGCGCUCGUGCAGCUCACGCUCCUCUUCGUGCACCGCGACUUCAGUCGCGACCGCCCGCUCGUGCUGCUGCUGCACCUGCUGCAGCUCGGGCCCCUCUUCAGGUGUUUUGAAGUUUUCUGCAUCUAUUGUCAGUCAAGCCACAUUGAAGAGCCUUAUGUCAGCAUCAUCAAGAAGCGACAGAUGCCAAGAAAUGGUCUCUCAGAGGAGAUUGAGAAGGAAGUGGGCCAGGCAGAGGGCAAGCUAUUCACCCACCGAUCUGCAUUCAGCCGGGCAUCGGUGAUCCAGGCUUUCCUGGGCUCAGCCCCCCAGCUGACCCUGCAGCUGUAUAUAAGCACCCUGCAGCAGGACGUCACUAUCGGAAGAUGUAUCUUUAUGAUCCUCUCUCUCUUAUCCAUUGUGUAUGGAGCCUUGCGCUGCAACAUCCUAGCCAUCAAGAUCAAGUACGAUGAAUACGUUGUAAAAGUGAAGCCACUGGCCUAUGUUUGUAUCUUCCUCUGGAGGAGCUUUGAGAUUGCCACUCGAGUUGUGGUCCUGGUCCUCUUUACCUCCGUCCUGAAGGCCUGGGUGGUGAUGGUCAUACUCAUCAACUUCCUCAGCUUCUUCUUUUACCCCUGGAUCCUCUUCUGGUGCAGUGGCUCCCCGUUCCCUGAGAACAUCGAGAAGGCUCUCAGUCGGGUGGGCACCACCAUCGUGCUGUGCUUCCUCACCUUCCUCUAUGCUGGUAUCAACAUGUUCUGCUGGUCAGCUGUGCAGCUGAAAAUCAACAACCCUGACCUCAUCAGCAAGUCGCAGAACUGGUACCAACUACUGGUGUACUACAUGCUGAGAUUCGUUGAGAAUGCCCUCCUCCUCCUCAUGUGGUAUCUUUACAAGACCAACAUCUAUAUGUAUGUGUGCGCACCUCUGUUGAUUCUGCAGUUGCUCAUUGGCUACUGCACAGCCAUUCUAUUCAUGCUCGUGUUCUAUCAGUUCUUCCAUCCUUGCAAAAAGCUCUUUUCCACCAGUGUUUCUGAAGGCCUUCAGGAGUGGCUAAAGUGUGUUUGCUGUGACUGCAGGCGGCAGAAAUCCUGUGAGUCUGUGGAGAAGACGGAUCUAAGGUCACCUGGAGACAGAGAUGAGACACCUUCUAGCAGUAAAAUAAGUUCUAUGCCCAGCCAGAUCUUGAAUGCCGAUGAGCUCUGCUCUGCUUAAUAGAACCUGAGUCUCUUGGGGCACAGACAUAUUGUUUUCUGGGUUGAUCCCUGUUCUUCAUACAAGUGAUGAGCCCUGCACAGUUAACAAAGCAGGAAGUUAGCUCUCAACUCUUUGUGAGUUGCUCCCCUUUAGAGAGCUUUUGGGCAUGUGGGAACUAUGGGGAGAAGUCAGGGAAACCCCUGCCUGUUGGAGGGGCAGCCUAAGGCACCACCAUGCACAGUUGACCAUGGUCUCCCAGGUGUUACAGGCCUUUUCACUGACAAAGUAUCCAUGAUAUCUGAGUUGGGCUGGUUAGAUCCAUCAGGUAAAAUGAAGACAGUGUCUUUCUUGUUUUCUGGUUUUCUAGAUUGCUGGUCUAGGUAGCCUAAAGUUUUAUUUUCCCUGAACAUAGUUUUCACCCAGGAGCUGUCCUGAUGACCAAAGAAGGUUCCCAGGGUUUCACCAUCAGCAACAUCAUUCCUAUCAGAGUUUUCAGAGAGGGCUUGUCAAGUUUGGUUUUUGAAUACACAGAUGUUCCAUUUUCAUCUCAUUAGGGCUCUUUGUACAUAACCAACUGUAGCCACUUUGGCCUGCUAUCUCUAAUUGAUUCAAAAGUCUAGAUUUGGAGACUUUGUUCCCCAGGAUACAUGGAUGUAAAAUUGAAUUCUAAAUUUGGUUGUGGAAGCCCUAGAAUUUUAGGGAAGUUGUGUUCCUUCAAUAUGUUGAAGAAAUUCUGAAUCAAGAGGGUUGUUAAAACAUCAAAAUGAUAUAGAGUUUUGUAAGCAGAAUUCUUACCUUCUUGGGAUGGUUGAAGAUGUGAAUCUACUAGAAGGUAGGCUUAAACCUCUUCAAGGUUCAGUCAUGUCCUACAAUUCUGGGAAAUUUCUAGAAUUUUCUAGGAUUUGCCUUCUUAAGAAAGAAGAAAAUAAAACUCAUAGUAUUCACGCCCCCUCUUCCUUGCGUGUCAGGAAAGUUUUAGAUAAGAGUUACCUUGGUUAACUUGUUUUUCUAGAAAACUCCACAGAAAUCUAUCACCUAGCACAGGUAUAUAGGACAUUUUAAUUUUCAUUAUUUAAAGGAAAAGUAUCACCCCCCCCAAGUUAG